GAGAGUUGAGUAGGAGAGUUGGAAAGUGACUGGGAGAGGGCAGGCUCUUCACACUGGGCUGGGGGAACAUCUGCACGGCUGGGCUGCAGAAGCCUUCUCUCUUCUCUUGCACUCGCCUUCACUCGGCUGUAGCCAUCGCUAUGGAGCUCUGAUGAGGAGGUGAGGAGAGGAGUGCAGAGCAAGAGGAGAGCAGAGCAAGAGGAGAGCAGAGGGGACUGACUGGACUACUUCAGGACAGGAAAGCCUCAGUAGUGUGCCUGUGCCUGUGCCUGUGCCUGGCUUGGCCAACCCAACACAACCUCAAUCAGGCGUCAGGUGCAAAACUGGAGCUUGGUUCUAGCGGAUCAUGGGUUACAAAACAAGGUCCAUGCAUAAUGUCUUGCGGUGUCUUUACUUCUUGCUCCUUCACUUGUUUUGUACAGCACAAGAUGAGGACAUGAGAUUGAGUUGUAGAACUUCUCAAAGUGAUCUGGUUUUUAUAGUAGACGGGUCGUGGAGUGUGGACGAUCUGAACUUCGAGAUUGUCAAGAGAUGGCUGGUGAAUAUCACCACGUCCUUCAACAUCGGCCAGAAGUUCACCCAGGUAGGGGUGGUGCAGUACAGCGACGACUCGGUUGUCGAGAUACCGCUCGGCAAACACCUCGCCAGCAAAGACCUCAUCCAAGCCAUGAUUGACAUCAACUACAUGGGUGGUAACACCAGAACGGGGAAGGCUAUUCAGUACGCCGCAGAGAAGUUGUUUGCCCUCUCUGAGCGCGGUCCAGAUGGCAUCGCUCGCAUCGCUGUGGUGCUGACGGACGGGAAAUCACAAGACGAAGUGUUGGCCGCCGCCGAGGCUGCAAGGAAAAAGGGGAUAACCAUCUUCGCGAUCGGUGUGGGGUCGGAGAUCGAGCAGGCAGAGCUGAGAGCCAUUGCCAACAAGCCGUCCCGUACAUAUGUUUUUUCUGUUGAAGACUACAAAGCCAUCUCCAAGAUCCGAGAGACCAUAAGGCAGAAGCUGUGUGAAGAGACUGUCUGUCCAACUAAAAUCCAAGUAGACUCCCGGGAUGAGAAGGGAUUUGACAUUCUGCGGCACCUGUCCCUGGCAAAGAAACUCAAGAAGACGACUGAGGGAUCCUUUUAUGGCAAAAAGGCCUAUGAAGUAACACAGCGCGUCGACCUGAGCGAAAGCACCAAGGCGUUUUUCCCAGAUGGGCUCCCCCCGUCCUAUGUGUUUGUAUCCACGCUGAAGUACAAGGGUUCGGUGACCAUGGAGCAGUGGGAUCUGUGGAGGAUCCAGACCCAGGACGAGAGGCCGCAGAUGGCCGUCAGCCUCGACGGCAACACGCGCACCAUCAUGUUCACCACAACCAGCAACUCGUCCAGCGGCACCCAAACAGUCACUUUCAAAAAGACUCCCGCAAAAAGACUCUUUGACGAGAAUUGGCAUCAGCUACGACUUCUAGUGACUGAAGAUGAUGUGACUUUAUACGUUGAUGACCUGGAAAUAGAAACACUUCCUCUGGAGCCGCCCAUAGGCAUUUUCAUAAAUGGAAAGACUCAAGUUGGAAAAUAUGUCUCAAAAGAGACCACUGUACCUUUUCAAAUUCAGAAACUCAGAAUCUACUGUGACCCAGAGCAAAAUGAUCGGGAGACAGCCUGUGAGAUACCUGGAGUUUGUGCCAACGGACCCGGUGACAUCGACCUCGAUCCCACCCCCGAGCCCUGCGUCUGUCCACCCGGCCCACCAGGCGUCGCAGGCACGAAGGGGGAGGCUGGAGUAGCGGGGGACCCUGGCAAACAUGGCCUUCCUGGUGCUGAUGGUAAGCCUGGUGUCCCCGGCGCUAGAGGGAGCCCCGGUGUUCAAGGACCCCCAGGCCUGCAGGGGCCGCGCGGAGUUGACGGCUAUAAGGGUGACAAAGGAAAUCCUGGGGACACGGGGGAGAGGGGUCUUCCCGGAUUACCUGGUCCGUCUGGGCAGCCAGGUGAAAAGGGUACGGUUGGAAUUCCAGGAAUCCAUGGAAUACCUGGAAAGGACGGCCUACUGGGUGAAAAGGGAAGCAAAGGAGAAGUUGGUCAAGUCGGACUUCCUGGUGAUCCAGGCCAACCGGGAAGAAAUGGCAAGGACGGAUUCCCGGGGAGGCCAGGGCUAAAGGGAGAAGGGGGUGCACCUGGUAUGCCUGGUACAGAUGGGAGAGAAGGCCAUCCUGGUCUUCCAGGCUUACCUGGCCGUCAGGGACCGAGGGGGGAGAAGGGGGCCGAUGGAUUACCAGGACAAAAAGGAACCCGUGGCACACCAGGAAGUCAUGGGGAAAUGGGAUUGGCUGGGAUGCCUGGUGAAGCGGGACAACCUGGACCUAAGGGCAAUAAGGGGGAGGCUGGAGGAGCAGGCCUGGCGGGCUUUCCGGGACAAGAGGGUAAACCAGGCAACCCUGGAACGGAGGGACAACCAGGACAUCCCGGGAUGCCGGGACCGAAAGGAUCAAAGGGACAACGGGGUGAUUCGGGGGAACGAGGCCAAGAGGGAUUGAAAGGCGACAAGGGGGAUCAAGGUGUUCCUGGAAUCCAAGGAGGCGUUGGUCUGCCAGGACAGAAAGGAGAGCAAGGGACAAGAGGAGAACCUGGACUGAGGGGACAAAUGGGCCUCCAGGGAUUACCGGGCCAGCCGGGCCAGCGGGGUCCAAGCGGGCCGAGUGGACAGAACGGAGACUCCGGAGUACCAGGAUCACCCGGAGCGGAUGGGAGACCUGGGAGAGAGAUGUCUGAGGAAUAUAUUCAACAGAUAUGCAGACAGGUCCUCCGAACCGAGAUUCCAACCCUGAUGAGGAGCAGCCAUCAGAGGAGCUGCGACCGCUGCUACACCCAGUCGGGGAGCCCGGGGGCACCUGGCCCGGCUGGACCCCAGGGUGACAGGGGCUUCCCUGGGAUGCCCGGCGCCAACGGCAUGCUAGGCCACCGCGGCCUACCAGGACGACCUGGCAUCCCUGGCCUGAAAGGAGAGCCCGGACACAAGGGUGACAGGGGGAGCCCCGGCCGAUCGGAGGUGGGACAGCCAGGCAUGCCAGGCCUUCCAGGUGCGAUGGGACCUCCAGGGGAGGGCUCGGAGGGCCAGCCAGGUAAGCCCGGGCCCCCUGGCCAUAACGGGGAGGAAGGUAAGAGGGGCUACCCUGGAGCUCCUGGCCAGCCGGGAGUCUGCCACCCGUCCAUGUGCUACGGUGCGAUGCGGAGAGAUCCGUUCAGCAAAGGACCCAACUAUUGAGUUCAUCAUCAUCACAGUACUCUCUCACAAGAUGCGGAUGUUGUUGCCGGAAAAAAACAAAAAAAACGACCAAUCACCACUCUUGGGGGAGACGACGAGGUGCUUUUGUGUACACUUUAAAAAAAGAUUUAAAAAAAAAGAAAAAACAGGAACAGAAUGGAAGAAAAUACCGCAAAUCUUUCCAAUCUCAGGAAGAUCUCAUUUAUUGUCAGGGUUUCCUCACUCUGGGAACCUGAGAGUACCUCUAACUGUAUAAAAUACAAACAGAUCCGUUGUGUGAGUGCAUUUCUAUCAUAUUUAAAGCAACACCACAAACAUGAACAAGCACUCCACCUCCUCUUUUGUUUAAAAUCCAUUCGCUUUCUUUUAAGUCAUUUGCUUACGGUGAAUGAAUAAUGGUGAGCUACGCUGUUUUGCUUCAUGAGUGCAGUGGUGGAAUUGGGUUGUACUACAACAGGCCAAGAAGUAGUUUGGAGAGAUUUCUACCUAAGACCUCACCCUCUUGCUAUAGGCCCAUCCCCAUGGCCGGCAUGUCUGUUUCCUUGCUAUCUAGCUCCCCCUAAUGGAUGGUGCCAGUAGAGCAUCUGUCAUCACAGCAUGUGAGAAUGGAAUUCCAACCAUUUAUUUACAUUCUGCCUCUGUCCAGAUUGGCAUCAUUGACGUGCUUUGCCAAACGUUCUCUUCAUGUAAUUGCUUUUCUUCAUUUGUUUGUUUGUUUAUUUGUUUGUUAUUCAUGGAAAGCUCUUUCACUCCAGUACGGAUCAGCAGAUUGCGUCAUGCUUGUGUUUUUCUAUUUACUCAUGUCCGUUUUCACCCAUUAAAUAAACACCACCUUUCCACUGUAUGGUGUUUUUACUUUAAUUUUUUUGGUUUACUUUAAGUCCAAUUCUUUGCCUAUUAAAACAGGCUUUAGCCAAGCAUUGCAUUAAAGCUGAUAUUGCGAUGAGACCCAUCUUAAAUGUAAUGAUGAUAGUCAACUCCGAUGAUCAGUCGUGAUAUGAGCCAGAUCAUGUUCAUCAAUAUUGCCACCCACACUUUGCCUGAAUGCAAUGUUCAAAUAUUUAUUAUCUAUGUAUGAGUUAUAUGUCUUUUCAUAAAUAGGCUAGCCGUUUUUCAAGCUAUACCAUUGGUGUGAACUACAGUGGUCGGCUUACUGUGCAUCUCUCUGCAUCAUCAUCAACUGUUUGAAGUGCAUGCCAUCAAGUGUGAAUCGAUCUGAUACCUUGUUUCUUGCUUUACAUGCCAUGCCCAUUACUGUUUGUUGUUAUUUAUAAGAAGAAAAAAACCUGAAUUCGAUUAUUGCUUUUUACCAUUUUCAUUUCUUGCCUAAUUUUAUUCAGGCUUCAACUGUGUUUGAACGAGUUUUGUAUUGCCUUUUUGAUAUUAUUAAU